AUGCCUCUGAAACCCUUUAUUCUAUGGGGUGGUGUCGGUGGUCCAAAUCCAUCCAAGGUAUCCAUCAUCCUCACCGAGCUCUCCCUGGCCUUCGAAUCCGAGUACCUACGCUUCGACAAGCUCAAGACCCCAGAAUACCUAAAGCUCAACCCAAACGGACGCCUUCCCACCCUCGUUGAUCCCAACAAUGGCGACUUUACCCUAUGGGAAUCAGGAGCGAUCAUCGAGUAUGUCAUUGCAAAGUACGACAAGGAUCACCUGCUCAGCUAUGAGGCUGGAAGCGACCUGGAUUUCCAGUGCAAGCAGUGGCUUCAUUUCCAGAUGAGCGGACAGGGUCCAUAUUACGGCCAAGCUAGCUGGUUUGCAAGACACCACCCUGAGAAAAUUCCUUCGGCUAUUGAACGUUAUGUGAAAGAGGUAAAGCGCGUCUCGGGCGUCCUGGACGAUCAUCUCAAAGACCGGGAGUAUCUCGUCGGCGACAAGUGUACCUAUGCAGACCUAGCUUUCAUCUCCUGGCAGAUGGGCAUCAAGGCAGUCACGGCUGAGAGAUAUGAUGAAGAGAAGGAGUUUCCGCACUUGAGUGCUUGGUUGAAGAGGAUUACUAGUCGGCAGGCUACGAGUCGUGUGGUGGAGGAGAGGAAGGCGGUUGAGGCUGCAUUCUUUGCUAAGAAAUAG